CGCAAACCAAAUCAAAAGACAUCAACAUGGCAUCAGGACAGUCCUAUAAACAACAAGAGGCUAUCUAUGUAAGUAGCACUCCAUCGUCUGAUCAUAUCUAAUACGUACCAGCACAACGAUGGCCGGGAACCCGCUCUCCUCGACUUCAUCCAGGCUCAUCCGGAAUACCCUCAGAUGAAAAAUUCCCCUGCGAGGGUUCUCGCUGCGAUUGACCAGUAUGGUCGCGAGAAAGCCUUUUUGAUGAAUGUCGGCCACGAAAAGGGACGAAUUGUGACUGAUAUCAUCGCCCAACGCAAGCCAAGUAUCAUGAUUGAACUGGGUGGUUAUGUGGGCUACUCGACCAUUUUGUUUGCCGAUGCAGUCAGGAAAGCUGGUGGAAAAAAGUAUCUCAGUCUGGAACUCAGCCCAACAUUUGCCACGGUCUCCAAAGCACUUGUUCAGUUGGCGGGACUGGACGACAUUGUGGAAUACAUGAUUGGACCAUGCCGUGACUCUCUUCGAGCCCUGAGAAGUACUCGUUCGGGUGCACUUGAUCUCAUCUUUCUCGAUCACGCCAAAUUCGCAUAUACGAACGACCUCAAGCUAUGCGAGGAGCUGGCAUUGGUUGGCCAAGGCACGACCCUCGUGGCCGACAAUGUCAUUUGUCCUGGCAAUCCAAAGUAUCUCGAGUACCUCCGAUCACCGCCAGCAAAGAAGAUAGAGGAAGCCAAGACUGUUGAGGCAGAGAAGAGUGUGGAUGUGUCUAUUGGCAAUCCCCGCUUGAUCUACGAUACAUCUUUGGUCUAUGGCUUGGCGCCAACUGGAGAGCAGAUAGGAUGGAGUGGAAAUCUCGCAUUGUUUAGGGGAGUAGAUGGACAGUCGAUAGGCCAAGAAGAGAGUAUUCAUUCUUUUUGAAAUAUUGUAGAUUCGUCCUUUGGCUAUGAUGAGAAACCCGAGUAUGAUUGUCACUCGAGCAUAUCUUGAGAAUGUAAGAUGGUUGUCAAGGAGAUGCAGUUGCGUAUUGUUAAUAUCGUGUGAGGUAUCCCACGAUGACGAUAUAAUGAUAUAUUACACCACAUAACCUCAGGAUAGAAAU